AUGGCCUUUCGCGUUUCCGUGGCGAUGUCUGUGCGUACACAGGCGGAACUCGUCCUGACAUCUUUCCAGCAGCAUGAAGUCCCCGAGGAACCGGCCGUCACGCCGGAUGGCGCGGGGUUGUCUCCCGUGGAGCAUCCCUCGAGCCUUCCAGCCUCAACUGCCUACAGUGCAGCUCUAAACGCGGGGUUCGCAGAGGGACUCCUCUCGGCGGUCCCGGAGUUCAAAGCGCGUCUUCCAAAGCCUUCCCCGUACGCGAGAGCAGCUCCCUUGACUCUCUCGGGCCCAGGCGCAAGUCUCGUCCCUGCACAGAGCGCGUCUGUUCCUGCGUUAAGGGAGAUCAUGCCGACGCGCGUGGACGCUUCGGCAGAACUCCCUCCAGCGCUGCAACGCGCGCACAAGCUGGGGUCUGAGUCUGCACUGCAGCCCCUGAACUCGCCAGCGACGGGUUCAACGGUGACCGCUCAGUCUCCGCCGGAAUCCACUGAGCUGCAGGAGCACAGCGCGGCAGACAAGCAGGCGCAGGACGCGCGGAGCUCGUCAGGUGAGACAGGACUGCAGAGACAAGCUGAAGAGACAGCUGGGCAGAAGCGAGAACAGACGGGAAAGACGGGGCCUGCGGAGCCUGCCUCUCAGGUGAACGGGAAGGCAACGCAGACGACAGCUGCAGGGGAGAAGCGCAGCGCGUCGGAAGAAUCUGUUCGGGAGGCCUCAGUUGAAAGUGGAGACGACACCGUUGGAGACGCAGUUGAAAACGACGGCCUAGGACACGCUCGCCCCUUCAUCCCCGCCACUCUGGCGGUCGCGGUGGAAAACUCCGCGGAUGCUUCUGCCGAGAUGGGGAAGGAAGGUUCCGAACCGGAGCAAGAAGAGCCCUACGAAAAGCGGCCACCAACGUCAAGUGCUCAGGAGACGCAGGAUCGUGCGGAUCGAGGGCAGGAACUGGGUUCUCUGAAGACGCACGACGCUCAGGGCGAGCAAUUGCUUGAGAACUUCCCAACCUCAUCUGCAACGGAGGCAGAGCCCGCGUUGCUUUCAGAGAGUAUCGCGGCUUCACGCAGCCAGGAAGAGAGCGAGCCUGCCGCGAUGACUCAGACGAAAAGCGACGCCAGCACUGAGGAUCUCGACGACUUGGACAUUGAUUUCGAUGCUUCUCGUGCCGGGGUUGAGGAAUUCGAGUAUGCCACGCCGGAAGAUUUUGACUACGACGGCAUGGAUCUGGACACAGAUGCAGAGGCGGACCGCGUGGAGGAGCAAGAACAAGGGACAUCUCAAUCGGGUGACGAGGACGAGUCGAGUGCUCUGCGUGAAUCGCCGAGAACAACCGUCUCCAACGGAAGUUGGAUUCCCACAGCCCGGAGUCAAAGAGAAGCUACUCGACGGCGUUCGACGCCGACGCGCGUCCUCACCGCGGAAAAGAAAUAUGCGCGCAAGCUGCGUCGCUCUUCGGGAUCGAAUGCAGCCUCAGCUGGAACGGGUUCAGAACCGGAAAGCGCGCAGCGUUCCAGGAACGGAGGCGCAACUCAGCCUGACAGGUCGCCUAAGGGUCGGACCGGCAGUGCGGCGAACGCAGGAAAAUCAGCAAGCGGGGCCUCUCCAGAGCCCAGCCGUGUGUCCAGGAAGCAUCGGCCACGCAGCGUCGCUGGAAAGUCGACCGCUUCGUGGGUGAACGAGGGCGAAAGCACUCAAAGUGCGGCACUCGCCUCGGACGCUCUUUCCCUUGAACUCAGUGAUCUAGAUGGCGAAACAGAAGACUCCGAUGCACAGGCCUCUUCUACCUCUACGCGCACAAGGCGGCAGAUGCCGAGCGACGGUCGCUUACGAAAGCGACUUCGUUUGUCGAAAGGUCGAAAGGGGAAGUUUGUGAGCAGGCAGCCGUCGAGUGAACUUGAACGAGAGGAAGAUAUAGCCUUCGACUGGGACCUCGGGGGCAUGCAGAGAGACUCAGCGGAGAACGCAGGCACCAGUGGAGAGGACGAGUGGUUCGGGGAAGGUUCUGGCGACCCUCUUGAUGCCUUUCAGGGCGCUGACAGUUCGGGAGACGACGCCGACGAAGAGGCGGGUGGAGAUUUUCUCGGUGGCAUUCUUGGGCUGUCCCGGAGGGGAGUCGUCCCCGGCGUCGAUCUCGACAGCGUCUCCAGUGAAAUGAAAAAGAAACUGGGGAGCGCUCGCACAUUCGCGGACUUCGGCAAGGGGCGUGGCGCCACGCUGUUUCGAGCAGAAACUGAAGGCGGUCGACGCGGAUCGGCUCCCGACGUCCAGUGGGACAGCAGGCGCAAGCUGCAGAUUCUCGACCAGGCAGAUGUCUACAAGCAGGCUCACGACACCAUUCCUGCUCUAGAUUUUCUCGGAACGGGCUACGAUCUGCUGAAAGGAAACCCACUAGGCGACCCCGAGACGUCCCUCGAUCCCGGUUACAGGAGCCCCGUUCUCCGCUUCGAGUGGACGCACGGGCCGUACGGCGUGACGAACGACUUGAGUCUCCUGCAGCCUGUUGGCGGGUUCGUUCGUCCCUUUGUUUCCUGCCGUCAGUCUGAGGCGGUUGAUGAAGUUUCCUCAAUGUCCGACUACCAAACAGAGCUGUCGGUGGACGCCACCGCGGGAGGAGGCUCGUGGUUUGCUUCUUUUUCCGCGUCUACCGGCUACAGAGAAAUGGCGAAGGAAGUCGCGACGAAAAAGGAGAGAAGCUACUUUAUGAAGACGUACUGCUUCCGCUACGAAGCGGGGCUGUCGGACUCUCCCGCUAUUGCGUGGAACACGACCUAUGGGUUCGAGCGCGCUCUCACGGAUUUGCCCACUGAGUUCCACGGCCUGGAUCCAAGCAGCACAUGCCAGCCUUUUAUCUACAAAAUGACGCCGGAGAGUCCCGACUGCCGGCAGAUGGGAGUUCCGCAGUGGAUGGAACUCUUCCGCCAAUUCGGGACGCAUGUGACGACAAACCUGAAACUCGGAGGGAAGAUGGUGCAUGAGGUCAAGGUGAAAUCCUCUGACGUAGAUUCCCUGGAGGAUUCAGGUGUGUCAGUCGCUGCCCAAGUGUCUGCAUCCUUUUACUUUUUCUCGGCGAGUGCGAAAACGAGUACCAACAAGUCCAACAGCUCUCGAAAUAGCACGAGCGACUUCAAAAAGAAUGUCACCACACGCGUGGUCGGUGGACGGCCUCCCAAGGACCCCAGUGAUCCUUCCUCGAUCGUUCUUUGGUCCAAAACGGUGGAAGAUCUUCCCAUGCCGAUCCAGAUACAGAUGCAACCGUUGGAGAAUUUCAUGCCUCCUCAGUUUCGAAAAGCCUACCGGAAGGCAGCAAUUUACUACGGUCGGGUCUUUGGGAUGAGCGAGGCCGAGUUUGACUCGCUGGCGAAUUCUACUGCGAAAUCCGUCGCAGACAAACUACGCGAGGGGCAUUCGGUCGUCUGGGGCGGUGACGCACCGGGCUAUUUGCGGUGUCCCGGAAAAGAAGUGAUCAUCGGAGGGUUUUCGCUUAUCUUCAACUUCAGAGACACGACAGCCGUCCCGGAUGACUACCAUAUGGAGGCAUGCAGACCUGGACUGCCGGUAUGCGAACGUUCCUCGUCGACAGGGAACACCGCGGACGAUUCGCGCAUCUGGGCCGUCUGUGGCCCCAGUGCUAUGCUCUCCCUUCAACAGGUCGUCGUUGAGGGCCUCGUCAACAACGAAGAUCCCGAUGACACAUUGGAAGCGCGGUGUCCAGAUGGAACCGAAAUUGCGUGGGGUCUGAAGCUUGCUGUCGGCUACGGACCCGGAGGCGCUGCUCACUCCUUCAUCGGCCAUUGCAAACCAGGGGAAACGUCUUGCAGAAUGGCUCCUCGGCCGGAAAGCAGCAGGCACCACGCGCGGCGAUUUGUCUACGCCGCCUGUGUGGAAGCUGGCUACCCUGGUCUUCGGGAUAUUCGAGGCGUCAGCAGCGUGGGUAGCAUCGGCGACGCGCAGAAGGAUCUCCCUAACGCCGAUGGAGAGGUCGUCCUCGACUGCGGGGACGAGAGCACACUUUUGCUUGGGUGGACCCUAGAGAAUCACAUGCGGGAGGAGGAUGUUCGCCUGAAAUUCUUAACUUGUCCUCCCGGACAGCAAACCUGUGCGAUGAAAGGAGCUGGCGUAGACAAGGCAUCCCCUGGGGGCGAGGAGCAGAAGUUGAGGGACACCCAUGCACUUUUAGGGUUUGGGCUAUGCGUGCCGGCAUCGAAGUACAACGCGCAUCCACAAGAACGAAGUGCUCCUAUAAAGCCCCAAUGA